AUGCCUAAUGCAAUUGUCAAACUGGUUUCCUACGAAGUCACCUUCCACGACGGCCGAGACCCGAUAAUAUUCGAUCUUUCCACGCCCGAGGGCAUCAAAAAGACGAAGACCGAAGGCUUUGAUCUCAGAGAAGGUGAAGAAUACAAGACGAGCCUGAAGUUCACCGUGGAAGGAGACAGAAUUUCCGAGCUAUAUCAGACCCAAGAAGUAUUUAGAGAAGGUAUAAGGCACUCACGGGGUACGGAGAUGCUGGGAUGGGAAGAAGCUCCUGGUGGACGUCUCAGUCAUGGAUCAUAUACUGCGAGAACUAGUUUCUCUGACGACGAAGAUGAUACAAAGAUGCCAGAUUUUGGUGUUCGGUAUAGAGCUCAGGCUCAUUAA